UCAGAGGGUGAGAGAGACCGCUCGGAGCUUCCACCAGAUGGAUGUUCGGCGAGUUAGUGUGAGCUCGAUGCACAGCCAUGCCGACAUUUGGACUGCUUCAAGUACCCAGUAAACCUCCCAAGCUUCGGGAUUAAUUUGUAUUUCUUCGAGGGGAAAGAAAAAAAAGGCGUUGCGGCAGCGGCGAAAAAGGUACGAUGACGGGACGGCAGGCGCUUUCGCUGGCCUCGCUGCUCCUGCAGCUGGUCUGGACGGCCGGGGCGGCCUCCCUGCACUUCACGCAGCCCGUUUACAACGGCACCAUCUACGAGAACUCCGCCGCCAAGACCUACCUCGAGAGCCACAUCAAGAUGGGGAUCUACGUCACCGACCCCGCCUGGGAGAUACGCUACAAAAUCAUCUCCGGGGAUAACGAGAACUUGUUCAAGGCCGAGGACUACCUGCUGGGAGAUUUUAGCUUUUUGCGCAUUAGAACCAAAGGGGGCAGCACAGCUAUCCUCAACCGGGAGGUUCGAGACCACUACGUGCUGACUGUGAAAGCGUCCGAGAGGGGCACCGACGCGGAGUGCCGCGCCCAGGUCAGAGUGCAGGUCCUGGACACCAAUGAUUUGAGGCCGCUGUUCUCGCCGACCUCGUACAGCAUCUCGCUACCCGAAAACACGGCCAUACGCGGCAGCGUGGCCAAGGUGACGGCGACGGACGCCGACAUCGGUACGAAUGGGGAGUACUAUUACAGUUUCCGCGAGUGGACGGACAUGUUCGCGGUGCACCCGACCAGCGGCGUGGUGACGCUCACCGGCCGGCUGGACUACUCUGAGACCAAGCUGUAUGAGUUAGAGAUCCUGGCAGUGGACCGCGGCAUGAAGCUUUACGGAAGCAGCGGCUUCAGCAGCACGGCCAGGCUGACGGUACGGGUGGAGCAGGCCAAUGAGAACGCACCCGUCGUCACCGCCGUCACCCUGACGCCCUCGGACGCCAACCCCGACCCCACGUACGCCAUUGUGACGGUGGAGGACAGCGACCUGGGACCCAACGGGGAGAUCGCGUCGCUUAGUAUUGUCGCCGGCGACCCGCUCCAGCAGUUUAGGGCUGUGAGGACCAGCCCGGGGAGCAAGGAGUAUAAAAUAAAAGCGGUGAAGAACGUGGACUGGGAGAGCCAGCCUUUUGGGUAUAAUCUCACUCUGCAGGCAAAGGACAAGGGAAGCCCGCCUCAGUUUUCCUCAGCCAAACUGGUGCAUGUCACUUCCCCUCAGUUCAAAACGGGACCCCCUGUCUUUGAAAAGGCCGUUUACAGAGUCAACCUGAGCGAAUUUGCCCCCGUUCACACGCCUGUCGUCAUGGUGACUGCUCUCCCAAAGCACCCUCGGCUCAAAUAUGCUUUCAGCCACAAAUCGGACCGAUUUACCAUCAACCCCGACACCGGCUUGAUCAGCACAGCGGCGCCAAUCAGUGCCAACGCGGCUGUCCGCUUCGAACUGGACGUGACGGCGAGUGGCGGGAAAGCGGCGACAAAAGUCAUCGUGGACGUCAUCGACGUGAAUAACAAUGCGCCCGAGUUCCAGCAGACGUCGUACAGGGCCGGCGUUGAUGAAAACGCGCCCGUCGGGACCAGUGUGGUGACGGUGAAGGCCGUCGACCUGGACCGGGGCGAGAAUGGCUACGUGACGUACAGCAUCACCAAUAUCAACCCGCAGCCGUUCGUCAUUGACUAUUUCUCCGGCGUCAUCAGCACCUCGGAGCUGCUCGAUUACGAGCUCAUGCCCCGGAUUUACAGUCUCAAAGUCAGAGCCUCGGACUGGGGAUCCCCCUUUCGGCGAGAGGUGGAGGCCGUCGUCACCGUGACACUGAACAACCUCAAUGACAAUCAGCCACUGUUCGAAAAUGUGGACUGUGACGUCACCGUGCCGAGAGACCACGGCGUGGGUGAGCAGAUCACCACCGUGUCGGCCAUCGAUGCCGACGAGCUGCAGCUCGUGCGCUACUACAUCAAAUCCGGGGACGACCUGGAUCUGUUUGAGCUGAACUCGAACUCUGGCGUGCUUUCCCUCAGGAACACGCUGAGCGAGGGUGAGGCGGCGAAAAGGUCCUUUCACAGUUUGCGGAUCGUGGCGAGCGACGGCGAACGCGAGACGCAACCCAUGUACAUGAACAUAACGGUCAUAACCGCCCGGAUGCCCGUGCAGGUGAAGUGCGUCGAAACCGGGGUGGCGACCAUGUUGGCCGAGAAGCUGCUCCAGGGCAGCAAGGUCCACACGCCGGCCGAGCCCGACGACCACUUCGUGGACAUUCACUCCAUCAACCGCUACGCGCCGCGCUUUGCCGAGUCCUUCCCCGCCUCCGUGGAAGUCAGGGAGGACCUCCCCGUCGGGGGUCGCAUCGCUCAUUUAGGUGCCACCGACGCGGACAGUGGCUUCAAUGGGAAGCUCGUGUACGUCAUCUCGGGAGGUGACGCGGAGAGUCGCUUCCUCGCCGAGAUGGAGACGGGCUGGCUUUUGGUUUAUUCGCCUCUCGACAGGGAGACAAAAGACCAUUACACGCUCAACGUCACGGUCUAUGACCUCGGCAUUCCGCAGAAGUCCUCCUCGCGGCUGCUCGAUGUCAAGAUCUCGGACGCCAACGACAAUAUCCCGCGUUUUUUGCAGGAGUCCUACUCUGUGGAAAUUAGCGAGAGCACUCCGGUGGGCACGGAAAUUAUCCAGGUGGACUCGACGGAUAAGGAUCAAGGCGAGAACGGCGUGGUGAGGUACUCGAUUUUGGGCGGCACGGAUCACUUUGCUAUCAACGCCGAGUCCGGGGUGGUGACGGUCGCCAAGCCGCUGGAUCGCGAGCUGCGUCCGGUGUACGACUUGAAGAUUGCGGCCCGUGACCUGGCCGAAAAGGAGCCCCAGCUCGUGUCCGCCGUGCCGCUGAAGAUCACGCUGGAGGACGUGAACGACAACCCGCCGAAAUUCGUCCCCCCCAAUUACCGCAUCAAGGUGAGGGAGGACCUCCCCGUCGGCACCGUGGUCAUGUGGCUGGAGGCCCACGACCCCGAUGUCGGGCCCUCGAGUCAGAUCCGCUACGGCCUGAUGGACAACGGGGAUGGAAACUUUGAAGUGGACAAGCUGAGCGGGGCCGUGCGGAUCGUGCAGAAUUUGGACUACGAGACCAAGCAGGUGUACAACCUGACGGCAAAGGCCAAGGACAAAGGCAAGCCCGUGUCGUUGUCGUCCACUUGCUUCGUGGAGGUGGACGUGGUGGACGUGAACGAAAACCUCUACCGGCCCGUGUUCCGCUCCUUCGUGGAGAAAGGAUUUAUCAAGGAGGACGCCGUUGUCGGGUCUUCUGUCAUGACGGUGAGAGCCGAGGACGAGGACAAAGGCCGAGACGGAGAGAUCCGAUACUCCAUCCGCGACGGUUCCGGCCUGGGGAUAUUCACCAUUGAUGAGGAAACCGGUAUCAUCCGAACGCAAGAGCUGCUGGACCACGAGACCACUCCCCACUACUGGCUGACGGUCUACGCCAUGGAUCGAGGCGUGGUUCCCCUCUCCGCCUUCGUGGAGGUCUACGUCGAAGUGCAGGACGUCAACGAUAACGCGCCGCAAGCGUCGGAACCCGUCUACUACCCCUCUGUGAUGGAGAACUCCCCGAAGGACGUGUCCAUCAUCCAGAUAGAGGCGCUGGACCCGGAUGCUAAGUCUAGCGAUAAACUCAGCUAUAAGAUCACCAGCGGUAAUCCGCAAGGCUUCUUUGCCAUCAAUUCCAAGACAGGCCUAGUUAUGACGACGUCAAGGAAGCUGGACAGGGAGCAGCAGGAUGAGCACAUUCUUGAGGUCACCAUCACUGACCACGGCGUUCCAGCCAAGUCCACCACGGUACGUGUCAUCGUGCGCGUGCUGGACGAGAACGACAACCGCCCUCUGUUCCUGGAGAAGAUCUACAAGAUCAAGCUUCCGGAGCGCGAGCGUACCCCCGAGAAGGAGCGGCCCGCCGCCCGGAGGGACCCCGUGUACCGGGUGGUGGCCUCCGACCGCGACCACGGCGCCAACGCCGAGAUCUCGUACAGCGUGGAGGACGGCGAUGAGCACGGGAAGUUUUUCAUCGAACCCAAGACGGGAGCCGUGUCAUCCAAGAAGUUCUCCACGGCGGGGGAGUACGACAUCCUCACGAUCAAAGCGGUGGACAACGGGCGCCCUCAGAAGUCGUCGACGUGUCGCCUCCACAUCGAGUGGAUCCCCAAGCCGGAGGUACCGGAGGACGCCGCCCCGCUGGUCUUCGAGGAGUCGCCUUUCUCCUUCUCCGUGAUGGAGAGCGACCCCGUGGCGCACAUGGUUGGCGUCGUGGCCACCGAGUCGUCGGACGUCCCCGUGUGGUUCGAGAUCACAGGUGGAAACUACGACAGCCGCUUCGACGUGGGCAAGGCCAGCGGAACCCUUAUUGUGGCGAGGCCGCUGGACGCCGAGCAGAAGUCCAACUACAACCUGACGGUGGAGGCCACAGACGGGACCAGGACGGUUAGCACGCAGGUGCUCAUCCGCGUCAUUGAUACUAACAACCACCGGCCUCAGUUCUCCCGCGCCAAGUAUGAAGUGAGCGUGCCCGAGGAUGUACCGGUGGGCACCGAAGUGCUCCACGUGGAUGCCACCGACCAGGACGAGAAGAACAAGUUGACUUUCACCCUUCUGAGCAGCACGGACCCAUUCAGCCUGAAGAAGUUCAAGUUGGACCCGGGGACGGGGAGGCUGUACACCGCCGAACCGCUAGAUCACGAGACCAUGCACAGCCACGUUCUCACGGUUAUGGUACGCGACCAGGAUAUCCCUGUGAAACGCAACCUGGUGCGCGUGAUCGUCAACGUGGAGGAUGCCAAUGACAACGCGCCGUGGUUCGUUGGCACGCCCUACUCAGGCCGCGUGUUCGAGUCCGCCGCCGUUGGCUCGGCCGUGCUGCAAGUCACGGCUCUGGACAAAGACAAAGGCCGCAAUGCGGAAGUCGUCUACAGCAUCGAGUCAGGAAAUGUGGCAAACUCCUUUGCCGUGGACCCCGUUUUGGGCACCGUCACAGUGGCCAAGGAGCUCAGUCGAAGUGGCAAGACCCGCUUCGAGCUCACUGUCAAGGCGACCGACCGCGGGGCCGCCCCGCUGUCCACCACCGCCGCCGUCUCCAUCGCUGUCACUGUCUCGGACAAUGCCGCCCCCAGGUUCUCGGAGAAGGUGUUCUCCGCCGACAUCAGCGAGUCGGCCGCCCUCGGGAGCUUCGUGAGCUCGUUGGCGGCGGUCAGCCAAUCGUCUGUUUUCUACCAAAUCAAAAGCGGAAACACGGACAACGCCUUUGACAUCAACCCCAACUCCGGUGUGGUGGUCACGCAGAAAGAGCUGGACUACGAGGUGGCCCCGCAGUACAAGCUCGUCGUCCAAGGCACCAACAUGGCCGGGCUCGCCAGUAACGCAACCCUGGUGAUUCAUCUGAAGGAUGAAAAUGACAACGCCCCCAUUUUCCUCCAGCGGGAGUUUGAAGGUGUGGUCAGCGAGUCGGCUGCCAUCAACAGCGUUGUCCUCACCCGAGAAAACGCGCCAUUUGUCAUCCGGGCCUCGGAUGCUGACAGCGACCGCAACGCCAUGCUGGUUUAUCAGAUCGUGGAACCCUUUGCCCUCAAUUACUUUGCUGUCGACUCUAGCACCGGAGCCGUCAGGAUCACAACCACCUUAGAUCAUGAGCAAAGGAGUGUUUACCGCUUUACGGUGCAGGUCCACGAUCUUGGCGUGCCGCGUCUGUUUGCAGAGAUGGCGGCCAACGUGACGAUCAAGGUCAUUGACGUCAACGACUGUCCGCCGGUUUUCAGCCAGGAUGUCUAUGAGGCAACUGUGGUGCUGCCGACAUACAGGGGCGUGGAGGUUGUCAAAGUUAACGCCACCGACUUGGACUCCAGACCCAACGCCAGGCUUCUGUUUUCCAUCUCUGAGGGCAACAUCGGCGACAAGUUUAAAAUGGACGCAAACACCGGGGUGAUCUUCAUUCAGAACGUCACCCAGCUGAGAAGCAGGUACGAGCUGAAAGUCAGGGUUUCGGAUGGAAGAUUUGCCAACGUCGCCGCCGUCAAGAUCCACUUGAAGGAGAACAAAGCGAGCAAGGUGAAGUUCACCAGAGAGUCCUACAGAGCUUCUGUCCCGGAGAACUUGUCCGAGAGGAGGACGCUGGAAGUCAUUGCUGCUGUCGGUAACCAUGUAAACGAGCCUCUGUUCUACAAAAUCUUAAAUCCUGACAAACGCUUUGAAAUCGGGAGGACAUCCGGGGUGGUUUCGACCACCGGAAUAGCGUUUGAUCGUGAAAAGGAGGACACGUUUGAUGUCGUCGUGGAGGUCACGAAGGAGGACCCAUCUGAAGACACUGCCCACGUUGUUUUGACGGUGGCGGUGGAGGACGUCAAUGACAACGCGCCUGUCUUUGUGAACCUCCCCUAUCGCGCCCUGGUCCAGAUGGAUGCAGAGGAAGGCCAAGUGGUCCGGCAGGUCACGGCAGUGGACAAGGACCGUGGUCGCAAUGCAGAAAUCCGUUACGAGCUGAAGGAGUCUCAUGAGCAUUUUGACAUCAACCCCUCUGGAGAAAUCACCAUCAAGAAGACGCUCGAGAAAGAAUCGCUUGACAUGGACUUUGUCGUGAUUGUUGUGGCGAUGGAUGGCGGCGAUGCAGUACUGUCGUCAGAAGUGGAAGUCCCAAUUACAGUGGUGAACCAAGCCGUCCCCAUUUUUGAGAAACCCUUUUACAACAUAGAAAUCCCUGAAAAUAUCCAGGUGCACACGCCCGUUCUCCACGUGCAGGCCAGUGACUCCGAGGGACCUCGUAUUGUAUACACCAUCUCUGAGGGGGACCCCUUCAAGCAGUUCUCCAUUGACUUCAACACGGGGGUCCUUCACGUGGCUCAGCCCCUGGACUUUGAGACGCACCCAGCAUAUAAAUUGAACAUCCGGGCUACCGACUCAUUGACUGGGGCGCACUCAGAUGUAUUCGUGGACAUCAUCCUGGAAGACAUCAAUGACAACUCCCCAGUGUUUCUGUCAAAGUCCUACUACGCCACGAUCUCGGAGGCGUCUGUUAUCGGUACAUCUGUCCUGCAAGUGGAGGCCAAAGAUUUCGACACAGGCCACAAUCAGGAAAUCUUCUACCAGUUGGUGGAGGAGAAGGGGAAGAGCUCGAAUUACUUUGCCAUUGACCGCGACACGGGUCUCAUCUCGACGGCGCGAGUGCUCGAUCACGAGGACGCCCCGCAGCACCAUCUCAGGGUCCGCGCAGUGGACGGAGGGGUCCCUGCCCUCUUCGGUGACGUCCUGGUGACAGUGGACAUCACAGACCUGAAUGACAACGCGCCAAUGUUCGCUGAGCCGGCCUACAAGGCAGCCAUCAGCGAGUUGGCUUCCCGCGGGCACUUUGUCACCCAAGUCCAAGCCUCGGACGCCGACAGCUCGGACUCAGACAAGCUCGAGUUCGCUAUUGUCUCUGGGAACGACGACCAAAGUUUUGCCAUCGAUAAGCAGACCGGAGCUAUCGUUAUUUCGAACCACCGUCUCCCACAAAUGCAGCCGCUCUACCACCUCAACGUGUCUGUGUCGGACGGCGUGUAUCGGAGCUCAGCCCUCGUGGACGUCACUGUCAUUGGUGCCAACUUCCACAACCCUGCAUUCUCUCAGGUGGAAUAUGCUGUCGAGCUGGUGGAAAACUCCCCUGCCGGUACCAUGGUAGCUGAAGCCAAAGCCACAGAUGACGACGACGGCAUAUAUGGGCAAAUCACAUAUCGCAUCGUCAACGACGUAGCCAAGGACAAGUUCACGGUCAAUGAAAAUGGUGAUGUCUUCACCUUGGAGAGCCUGGAUCGAGACAGCAGCAUCGAGAAGGUCAUUCCUAUCUCUCUAGAGGCCAAAGACGGCGGUGGCAAGGUGGGCUUUUGUACGGUAAACGUGGUCCUCACUGACGUCAAUGACAACGCGCCGCAGUUUAGGGCUGCCGAGUACAAAGUCACUAUCGCCUCAGAUGCCCCGCGGGGUACAUCAGUGGUGAAGAUCGCCGCCUCUGAUGUGGACGAGGGAACCAACGCCGAUGUCGAGUACUCAAUCGAAGCAGAUGUCGAGAAUGUGGCAGAGAACUUUGAAAUUCACCGCACAUCUGGGGUCAUCUUAACGAGAGAGAGUCUCAUUGGUCUCGAGGGUGAGCUCUAUGCCUUUUUCGUCCGGGCGAAGGACACCGGAAACCCGCCGAAGCAUUCGGUCGUGCAGGUAUACAUCCGGAUAGUAACGCCUGAGACUCCCAUCCCCAAGUUCGCCGAGCCUCAUUACCGCUACACAGUGGCUGAAGACCUACCAAUCGGCACGGAGAUAGAUGUGCUCCCGGCUGAGAGCGAGCAGCAACUUACUUACACCCUCGUGAACGGCAACACUCCAGAAAGCAAUGAGAAUGAGGUCUUCAUCGUGGACGGAGACACCGGCGCCCUGAAACUCCAGAAGAGCCUGGACCACGAGACCACCAAGUGGUACCAGCUCACCUUGCGGGCACAAGCUCAGCGAGAUGACUUUGACAUCGUCGCGUCCGUCAGCAUCAACAUUCAAGUGAAAGAUCUCAACGACAAUGAGCCGGUCUUUGAGUCUGACCCUUACCAGGCAGUGGUGGUGGAAAACCUCCCAGGCGGGGCGCAGGUGGUUCAAGUCAAAGCCACUGACCUGGACUCAGGCACCAAUGGCCUCGUUCUGUACAGCUUGGACGCCAAACUCAACUCACAGGACAUCGUCGAGCUCUUUGCCAUCAACGCCGAAACCGGCUGGUUGACCACCCUAAAGGAGCUGGACCGCGAAAAGCGCAACGAGUACACCAUCGCCGUCAUCGCCACUGAUCAGGGCGACAAAGUCCAGCACGCAACGGGCACGCGAGUGGAGGUGACGGUGGCCGAUGUCAACGACAACCCACCCCGCUUCACGGCGGAAGUUUACAAGGGAACCGUCAGCGAGGACGACCCGCCGCCCAGCGGCGUCAUUGCCAUCCUGAGUACCACCGACGAAGACUCGGAGGACAUCAACAGACAAGUCAACUACUUCAUUACAGCGGGAGAUCCGCUGGGGCAGUUUGCCAUUGAGCACAUUCAGAAUGAGUGGAAAGUGUCCGUCAGGAAGCCUCUGGACCGCGAGACAACGGACUAUUAUCUUCUCAACGUCACGGCCAGCGACGGCAUCUUUACAACCAAAGCCGUGGUGGAAGUCAAAGUGCUGGACGCCAAUGACAACAGCCCCGUGUGUGAAAAGUCCCUCUACAGCGAAAGCGUUCCGGAGAACUCGCCAGCCAGCAGACUCAUCCUGCAAGUCUCGGCCACCGACGCCGAUAUCCGAUCAAACGCGCAAAUCUCCUACGAGCUCAACGGGCCUGGUUCGGAGCUCUUCUUCAUUGACUCCGAGACGGGUGAACUGAAGACACUGAAGCCCCUGGACCGCGAGGAGUGCGACGAGUACCGCUUCAAAGUGCGAGCGGUGGAUGGCGCCGGGCGCUUCUGCGAGGCCAACGUGCACGUGUCCGUGCGUGACGUCAACGACAACGCACCCGAGUUCGCCGCCGACCCGUACGCCAUCACCGUCUUCGAGAACACCGAGACGGGAACCUUCGUGGCUAAGCUGCAGGCCGACGACGCCGACAGCGGUCUAAAUGGCGACGUGGUCUACUCGCUGCUGGAUUCUGCCGACGGCUGGUUCGCCAUCGACGAACUGAGCGGCAUCAUCAGCCUAGAACGACCGCUGGACCGCGAGGCGCGCGCCCUGUACGAGCUGGAGGCCCGCGCAGCCGAAACCGCCCUGUGGGCGACGGGCCGCGUGCGGGUCUCUGUGCUGGACAUCAACGACAACCCGCCCGUGUUCGAACGGCGAGAGUACGCCGCCGCCGUGCCCGAGGACGCGGCUGUGGGCGGACAAGUGCUCAGGGUCCAGGCCGCCAGCCGAGACGUGGAGGCCAGCGGGGAGAUCGCAUAUAGCAUCGUCAGCGGAAACGAGCACGGGGCAUUCAGCGUGGAUCCGAGCACGGGCGACAUCUUUGUGAUCGCGCCGCUGGAAUACGAGUUGUCUCACGAGUUCUACAUCACUGUGGAGGCCACCGACGGGGGCUCGCCGCCCCUCAGCGACAUGGCCACCGUCAACAUCAACGUGACCGAAGUCAACGACAACGCGCCCGUCUUCAGCCAGCGCGUCUACGCCGCCGUCGUCGGCGAAGACGCCGAGCUGGGCAAGACUGUCUUGACGGUGAUGGCCGAGGAUGCAGACGGGCCGUCGUACAACCGCGUGCGCUACGCCGUCAUGGACGGCAACGGCGGACCCCAUACGAGUCAUAUCGACCCCAUACGAGGCGAGCUCAAAGUGGCCCGGCAGCUGGACCGGGAACAGACGUCGGGCUACACGCUGACGGUGCUGGCCGUGGACAGCGGGACGCCGCCGCUGUCGGGCAGCGCCGUGGUCAACGUGGACAUCUCCGACGUCAACGACAACCCACCGCUCUUCUCCCAGGCCAACUACAGUCUCAUCAUCCAGGAGAACCAAGCUCAGGGCACCAGCGUUCUCCAGCUCCUGGUGUCGGACCGUGACGCCUCCCACAACGGGCCGCCCUUUGCCUUCUCCAUCGCCGGCGGCGAUGCGGCCCACGCGUUCCAUAUUGACCCGCACGGAGCACUGCUCUUGGCGGGGCCUCUUAGCAAGAGAGCCAAGGAACACUACCUGCUUCAAGCUCAGGUGUCCGACAGCGGCAAGCCGGCGCUCACCUCCAGCGCCUUCAUCAGCGUCCGCGUCAUCGAGGAGAGCGUCUACCCGCCCGCCAUCCUCCCGCUUGACAUCUUCGUGUCCACCGCCGACGAUGAGUACGCGGGCGGCGUCCUGGGCAAAAUCCACGCCACCGACCAGGACGUCUACGACACGCUGACGUACAGCCUGGCCCCGUCCUCCGCUGCGGCUUCGGCGUCCUUCUCGGUGUCGGCGUCGGACGGGAAAGUGAUCGCCCUGCGGCCGCUGGACCCCGGUCACUACCCGCUCAACGUGACGGUGACAGACGGGCGCUUCACGGCGGCCGCCGACGUCAACGUGCACGUGCGGCAGGCGGCCCGCCAGGCCCUGGACAACUCCAUCGCCGUGCGCUUCGCCAGUAUCGCCCCCGAGGAGUUCAUCGGAGACUACUGGCGGAACUUCCAAAGGGCGCUGAGGAACAUCGCCGGCGUGAGGAGAAACGACGUGCAGCUGGUCAGCCUGCAGCCAUCUGAGCAGGGAGACCUCGAUGUGCUGCUGGCGCUGGAAAGAUCCGGAAGUCCCUACCAGUCGCAGGAGGUGGUGUUCCGUAAGCUGAACUCAUCAGCGGGCGUUAUCGAGGAGAUGACGGGGGUGCGUAUUGUGCGCGUGGCUCAGAAGCUCUGCUCGGGCAUGGACUGCCCGCUGCGCUUCUGCGAUGAGGUGGUCUCGCUGGACAGGACGUCCAUGUCCACCUACAGCACCGCACGCCUCAGCUUCGUCACGCCCAGACACCACAGACAUGCCAGCUGCCAGUGUCAAGGUGGCAAUUGUCCCGUGCUGAACAGCGUGUGUGACAACAGCCCUUGUCCGGAGGGCUUGGACUGUGCGGCCGACGCGCACAGAGACACCAAGUACACGUGUGUGUGUCCUCAAGGGACCACAAGCAAAUGUACUGAUGGCCAUUCGUUGACAUUCAGCGGCAGUGGCUACGUGAAGUACCACCUGAUGGAGAACGACAACAAGGAGCAGAUGAAGCUGUCCAUGCGCCUGCGCACCUUUUCUGGACACGCCACCGUCAUGUUCGCCAAGGGCACCGACUACAGCAUCCUCGAGAUCGUGAACGGUCGCCUGCAGUACAAGUUUGACUGCGGCAGCGGCCCCGGUCUGGUGUCGGUCCACAGCGCCACGGUGAACGACGGCGAGUGGCACUCGGUCUCCUUGGAGGUGGACGGCAACUAUGCCAAGCUGGUGCUGGACCGCGUGCACGCCGCCUCGGGGACGGCGCCGGGCACCCUGCGCACUCUCAACCUGGACAACAGCGUCUACUUCGGCGGCCACGUCCGCCAGCACGCCGCCUCGGCCGCCCGCCUCGGACGCAACCUGCCCGUGGCCAAUGGCUUCCGUGGCUGCAUGGAGGCCAUCGCGCUCAACGGCCAGGAGCUGCCUCUCAACACCAAGGCGCGCCGGGCGCACGCUGUCAUGGAGGCCAUCGAGGACGUGGCGCCGGGUUGCGCGCUCACCCCGCCAGAGAGUUGCUCCAGCAAUCCCUGCAGCAACGGGGGCGUGUGCACCCCCAGGCCGAGUGGAGGCUACUUCUGCAAGUGUCCCGCUUCUUUUAUGGGCGCUCACUGCGAGAUGGCCAUCAGCCCAUGCGCCUCCAACCCGUGUUUGUACGGGGGCACUUGCGUUCCCCGGGGGGACGACUUCUACUGCCAGUGCAGAGGACAGUACUCCGGACAAAGGUGCCAGAUGGGUCCCUUUUGCACGGACAACCCGUGUAAGAACAACGGCAAGUGUAUCGACAGUCUGGACGGGCCGGUGUGCGAAUGCGAAGCUGGUUUCCACGGAGACCGGUGCCUGAGCGAUGUGGACGAGUGCUCGAGGAGCCCGUGCUCCAACGGCGGCCAGUGCCACAACACGUACGGCUCCUACAAGUGCAACUGCUCGCUGGGCUUCGCCGGUCCCACGUGCGAGCUCGCCGCCGACGUCCGCAAUGACUUCGUAUCCACCUCUUGGAACAUCGGCCUGGAGGAGGUGGUGGGCAUCGUGAUCUUCGUCUCCAGCAUCUUCAUCCUGGUGCUCUUCUUCGUCAUCCUGCGCAAAAAGGCGUGCCGCGCCAAGUCCAAGACGGAGGACGACGAUAAGCGAGGCGGUUCCGGCGUGCCGCACUCCUUCCUCCAGAGGCCCUACUUCGACGCCAAGUUCAACAAGAACGUCUACUCGGACAUCCCGCCGCAGGUGCCCGUGCGGCCCAUCUCUUACACGCCCAGCAUCCCCAGCGACUCGCGCAACAACCUGGACCGCAACUCCUUCGAGGGCUCAGCCAUCCCGGAGCACCCCGAGUUCAGCACCUUCAACCCGGACGCCGUGCACGGCCACCGCAAGACGGUGGCCGUGUGCAGCGUGGCGCCCAAUCUGCCGCCGCCGCCCCCCUCCAACUCCGUGUCGGACAGCGACUCCAUCCAGAAGCCCAGCUGGGAUUACGACUACGACGGUGAGUUUGGAGGCCACCGUUGUCAUGCUGGAUGCACACAUGUAUGGUUAUGGAAACCCUUUUCUCAUCUAAAAAGAACAACAGUUCGCUGGCUUCCUGAGUCACAUGUGUUUUUUGUAUUUGUUUGUUUUUUUUCACUCUUUCCUUCUUAUUGCUGCGGGGCUCAGCUCCCAUAUGGAUCAAAUCUGUCCACAGGUCCAGAACACGCUUUUAGAAUAAAAAAGAAAGAAAGAAAGGCCUCCUCCAUAGUGACUGUCAUCCACUUUGUCAACUCUGUGCUUGACACGGUGGAAGGAGAAGAGUCUUUUAUGGCUCGUGAGCUCAAGAACACAAGAGGAUACCACUGGGACACGUCCGACUGGAUGCCGAGUGUCCAGCUCCCGGGAAUCAAGGAGUUCCCGCAGUACGAGCUGGUGGAGUCACCUCCCACCACUUUGUACAGCGACCCGAGCGCCAUGGACACCGACUACUACCCGGGCGGCUACGACAUCGAAAGCGACUUCCCGCCGCCGCCCGAUGACUUCCCGUCUGGGGACGAGCUGCCACCGCCGCCGCCCGAGUACGGCGACACGCUGCGGUCCGCCACCACCGACGGGAUCCGCCGCCGUCCCGCCCUGCCGGAACUGUACAGCCUGGGCCAGUACUUGGCCCCGCGGGGCGACGGCGACUCCGCCCCGCCGUCCUCCACCGCGGCCACCGCCGACUUCCCUCCGGGUCGGGACUUUGACGACAUGUCGCUGUCGCUGUACGCGUCCACCGCCUCCUGCUCGGACAUGUCGGCUUGCUGCGAGGAGUCCGAGGCCAUGAUCAGCGACUACGAGAGCGGUGACGACAGCCAUUUUGACUGUCUGUCCAUCCCGCCGCUGGGCUCCCAACAGCACACUGAAGUCUGACACUGGAUCCCCACAAAAAGUGCCUGAAGCCACCCCGCGAGCUCUCGUGUUUUUUGUUGUUGUUGUUGUUUGUUUGUUUUUUUUGCUGGUACGCCUGGUACGAUCUGAGUCCACAAGGGGAUGUUUGGACCGAUGCAUACUUGCCAAUCUUUGCAGAUUUUACUGCGCCACAUUUCUCUUGUUAAAAGAUUGCCAAAAGUUUCGCUGUAUUCGCUCGCUACUUGAGACCGGAUGUUUGCAAUUUACAACCCUGCCGUAUUCUAUGACUUACGACAAGUUUCACAUUCCUCCUGAUGGUUGCGAUUGCAAAAAAAUAAUAAUGAUAAUAAUAAUAUGCAAACGGAAUUUGGGACUACUUGCGAGCUUCUGUAACCCUCCGUUUUUUCUUUUUCCAGGAAAACAGAUAUUAUCGCUAAAUUGAAGUUUUGCAAACAGCCUGUGAGUUAAUACCCGCAACAUUCAGGAACAUUCCGUCACCCUUCCGAUUUGACCACAUAUUCCGCAUUUUCCAUUUUUCCGGUAUUUUUUUGCGCUGCCAAAAGUUUGCAAUUUCACCCGAGACAGGUUUAGUUUAGCGAAUUUAGACCAGGGGUGUCAAGCUCAUUUUUGUUGUGGGCCAUAAUCAUAGUUACGAUUUCCCUGCCUGUGACCCCAUGAAGAAUUAUGAUGCGCGUCGUUUCUACAUGAUAUACACAACAAAUUCAUGGCUAGCUAAUUUUGAAAUUAGAAGCCAGUAAAUAGUUGUCUCUUCAACUGUUUUGCCAUUUAUUGUGUUCUUAAAAGUGACGUUUUUUUGGUUUUUGUUUUUCAACGGGGAAAAUUGGCAAGUAUGGUUUGCAAGUGGAUAAAAAAUAAGACUUAAGACCCGACUCACAGGAAGUGUAGUGUCCGUUUCAACAGUCGGAGAGGGAAUGAAAAAGAAAACGAGAAUAAUAAAGAGAAAUCCGCAACUGUUUCUAUAAAUAGAACAUUUUCUACAAGUGGUGAUUUUCAGUGUAAAUGUCAUUGUACAGUUUUGAUUUCAAAGUAGGUUUUGUAGAUAUUCAGUGCUUUUAUUUUGAAGAAACGGUGUGACAUGAUCGGGCUUACUGUACUAACGUUCAUCGGAGAAAAAAAAGUUUUGUUAAAAGUACAAAAACGGGGUCUUCGGUGAACGACUGCAUUAGUCAUUAUUUUCUUUUUUUGUUUUUGUUUUUUAUGUUUGUACAUGUUGACGUUGGAACCUCUUUUAUUUUUCCAUCAAGGAAACGGUACCCGAUGAUAUUUAUGGUCGUCAUGGAUACAGCCCAUGUUUGUGUAUAUGUGUGCAAGUGUGUGCGUGAGCGACGCAUCGGUCUUGUUUAGGUUUUUAUUGAAUUACUGCCACCAGCUCACGCUUUCCUACUGGCAAUAAAUUAUUCCUAAAAAAUA